AUGAACAUACAAAGGUCAACCCCUAUCACAAUAGCGCGAUAUGGGAGACCUCGGAAUAAAAACCAGGAUUUUGAAGAACUCUCGUCUAUAAGAUCCACCGAGCCAAGCCAGAGUUUUAGUCCGAACCUAGGCUCUCCGAGCCCACCAGAGACUCCUAACUUGUCGCAUUGCGUUUCUUGCAUCGGGAAAUACUUAUUGUUGGAGCCUCUUGAGGGAGACCACGUUUUCCGAGCCGUGCAUCUGCACAGUGGAGAGGAGCUGGUUUGCAAGGUAUUUGAUAUUGGUUGCUACCAAGAGUCAUUAGCGCCGUGUUUUUGUCUACCUGCACACAACAGUAUCAACCAAAUUACUGAAAUAAUUCUUGGGGAGACAAAAGCGUACGUGUUCUUUGAAAGAGGCUAUGGGGACAUGCAUUCUUUUGUUCGUACCUGCAAGAAGCUAAAAGAAGAAGAGGCAGCCAAACUGUUCUACCAAAUAGCUUCUGCUGUUGCACACUGUCAUGAUGGUGGACUGGUAUUGCGGGAUCUCAAACUGCGAAAAUUUAUCUUUAAGGAUGAAGAAAGGACUAGAGUAAAAUUGGAAAGUCUAGAAGAUGCGUAUAUUUUACGAGGAAAUGAUGACUCUCUUUCUGAUAAGCAUGGAUGCCCGGCCUAUGUGAGUCCAGAGAUCUUGAACACAAAUGGCAGCUACUCUGGCAAAGCAGCAGAUGUAUGGAGUCUAGGUGUCAUGCUUUACACCAUGUUAGUUGGACGCUAUCCUUUCCAUGACAUUGAGCCUAGUUCUCUCUUCAGCAAGAUCCGUCGUGGGCAAUUUAACAUUCCAGAGACUCUAUCCCCCAAGGCAAAAUGCCUUAUACGUAGCAUACUGCGCCGGGAGCCAUCGGAACGGCUGACUUCACAGGAAAUUCUGGACCAUCCCUGGUUUUCUACAGAUUUUAAUGUCUCUAAUUCGGGAUAUGGUGCUAAGGAAGUAUCAGAUCAGCUGGUGCCUGAUGUCAACAUGGAAGAAGAUUUGGACCCAUUCUUUAACUGA